AUGGAACUAUUGAAAAUUUUACUCAAUGAAUUGAAUUUAGAUUUAAAUGAAUCAUGCGAGGACGAACCAAAUCAUUUGUUAGUAUACGCUUUGAAUCGUUUGAUUAAAACUGAUUGUAUGGAUAUUUUUUUAGUGAUGUAUCGACACAAUAAAACUGUACGAGAUCUUUUUCAAAAGACAGAUUAUAUAGAAAAAAAUGUUAAUAUUAUGCUUGGAAAUCAUAAAAGCAAACAAUUACUCAAUCAAUUAAUCGAUGAAAAACCAUUAAAUACAUGUUUUACAACGAGAAAGUUUCUAUUUCAACUAUUAGGUAAAAAACAAUUCGAAUUGGUAAAAAAACUUCUGAAAUUAUCGAUAUCAGUUUUAAAUGAGAUCGAUGAAAAUGGCAAUGAUAUUUUAUUAUAUUUAUGUUUAAAAGUUCGUGGUUGUCGACAUCGUUUUAUUGAAUAUUUAAUUAAAAUGGGUUGUAAUACACAAAGGAUAAAUUAUUGUGGUCAAUCAUUUUUUAAUGCUAUAGAAUUGAAAGAAAAUCAAAAAUUAUUAAACAAAUUAUUCGAACAUGAAAUCAUUUUAUUUGAUAAUUUAACGGGAAAAAUAAUAAUUUCGACAAAUCUUUUUGAAUAA